AUGACUUUGUCUCUGAAUUUUCUUUUUAAUGUAGAUAGAGCAUGGCGUGCCUUGCAUUUGACUAAAAGACCAAAAAGUUUCACUCAAGAGCUACCUCGGUUCGCCACAACUAUCAUCGAUCGCUUUAUCAUUGAGACUUAG